AUGUUCAACGAUGCAGACAAGUUGCCCAAGGAUCACUUCCUGUGUCCGGGUGAUCUGUUGACGAACUCACCAGAAGACAAGUUGGCUUUGUUGGAUGACAAGGUCACAAUAUUGCACAUGUAUGCCGUUUAUCACCUAUUCAGCCUCAAAGACCAGAAAGUGGUGGCCGAUCGCUGCCUACGACUUUUAAGGAAGGACACAGGUGCACCAGUUCUGCUAUUAGGUGGUCAAGUGGGAAGUGCCAAGGCUGGCCCAUUUUUGAGGGAGAAUGUGACGGGGAAUCUCAUUUACAUGUAUCGGCAUAACGAGCAAAGCUGGAAGGAGCUCUGGGAUACUGUAUGUGGAAUGGAUGAGUGGAAGAGUAAAGUUAAGAAGCUGGAGGUGAAGUCACAGAUUCUGACUCUGCAAUCUUCGGGGGGGAAGGGAAGACAGGCGACAGCCAAUGCGGAAAGUGGUCGUCAGCAACUCAGACACCUUUUUGAGGUCUGGGUCACUUUCCAUUGA